AUGGAGAUGAACAUAAGGCGUUCGAAUGUUAGUAAAAAUCAGCCGAGACAGGUCAUGCAAAAGGCGCAUAUAAUGUUGGCUAUUGCGACGGAAUUUGCGUUGAAUGCAAACCUUCGGAUAUUGCCAAAAUCAGCCGAGAUGGAAGAAUCAAAUGACGCACAAUCUGAGAUGAAUGAUUCGAAUGGAACUAAGGAAUUGGCGAUUCAGAUGAAACAUUUGAUGUUAGUUAUUGUUGCCUCAUUGAAAUUAGGGUAUAAUGAAGGGGUGGAAAUUUCUUCGGGAAUAGUUGUUCUCAUUGACCACAAGUUACUGUAUAUUGGAGGAGCAAAAAUUUUGACAGAAUUGAAAUAUUUGCAAAUAUAG